GACCCGGAUCGCACCCGCGAGAUGGCGGCGGCGGCCGUGAGCAGCGCCAAGCGGAGCCUGCGGGCCGAGCUGAAGCGGCGCCUGCGGGCGCUGAGCGCCGAGGAGCGGCUGCGCCAGUCCCGCCUCUUGGCCCAGAAGGUGUUUACCCAUAGUCAAUAUCAAAAGUCCAAAAGAAUCUCCAUCUUUCUGAGCAUGCAAGAUGAAAUUGAGACAGAAGAGAUCAUCAAGGACAUUUUCCAGCAAGGCAAAACCUGCUUUAUCCCACGGUACCAGUUCCAGAGCAAUCACAUGGAUAUGGUGAAAUUAGCGUCGCCUGAGGAAAUCUCUUCACUUCCCAAAACAUCCUGGAAUAUUCAUCAGCCCAGUGAGGUCGAGGUUCGGGAGGAGGCCUUGUCCACAGGGGGACUUGAUCUCAUCUUCAUGCCGGGUCUUGGGUUUGACAAACACGGCAACCGUUUGGGGCGGGGCAAGGGCUACUACGAUGCCUACCUGAAGCGCUGUCUGCAGUCCCAGGAUGUGAGGCCCUACACCCUGGCCUUGGCUUUCAAAGAGCAGAUUUGCCUUCAGGUCCCCGUGGAUGAAAAUGACAUGAAGGUAGAUGAAGUGCUUUACGAAGACUCCUCAGCAUCUUAAAUCCUGAUGACCACAGCCAAAUAAUCAAGGUUUUGUGCCAGAGAAGAGCCAAACUUGUGUAUUUUUCCCUUGUCAGAAAUUAGUGGAAAUUGCACAAUAAUGUGAAUAUGGGCUGUAGUGUUUUCAGUGUAAUUGUUAGAUACUGAACAUGAAACCAUUUAAAAAAAUCAAUAGCAGUGUGUGUAAUAGAACAUUAAUUAAAACGGAGGCUAUCACCAUAUGAUUUUCAGCUU